UGAGCAGAAAGACUUGUGUAUUGUGUGUGUACUAUAACUCAACAUGAAUACCCCGGUGACUGGCUUCCUACUCUCAAUUCUGACUCUGAGGCUUCAGGAGCUCGUGAAUGGAUGUACUUGCCUUCCAGUUCACCCACAAACAGCAUUUUGUAACUCUGAUAUAGUGAUACGAGUAUUAGUCACUAGUAAAACGUUGGUUUCUUCUAACAACAUGGAACCUCACACAAUCCAGUACGCAGUGAAGCAAGAAAAGAUGUACAAAGGAUUUGAAAAGAAGAAAAUGGUAGAGUAUAUUUACACAGCUUCCAGCUCUGCUGCAUGUGGCGUAGAGCUUGAAACCAAUGUCCAGUACCUCAUAACAGGCCAACUUGGUGUUCAAAGAAAAGUUCAUAUUGGAAUUUGCAAUUGGAUUGUCCCAUGGGAUGAUCUAACUUCAUUGCAAAAACGGAGCCUGAAGUGGAACAAAUAUGAAACAGGUUGCUACUGUCAAAUUGUCAGUUGCCACAGUCUACCCUGCUCUUCUCCAGCAAAGGACCAGUGUAUUUGGACUGACCUGGCAACCGAGAAAACUCCAGCUGGAUCUCAGGCAAAAAACAGCGUCUGCAUGAAGCGAGAUGAUGGUUCCUGUCACUGGUAUGGAGAAGGAUCAGCCAGUGCGAUUGAGAAUAUCUAUUACAAUGAACCCUGAGUCUCCCUUCACCCCAUAAAAGUUAUGUUCUUACAUCAGUUGCGGGUGGUGCAACUGCAUCAAAGAUCCCUAGGUUCUUCUGUUUAAACAAACAUUCUGUCGGUUUACUGCCUUCCUGUACGCUAUGUGAAGCAUAGCAGUUUCUUCAUCCAUUCUUACACCCACAUGAAUGCAUCCCAAUGAGUGAAAAGCAACUUUUAUGGCCCCUCAAUAGAUUCUGCUGCAAUGAUAGGUAUUGUCACAUGAGGCAAACUGAAGCAUAUCCACCAAUACAAUUCCUGUAAAUGUAUAUUGGCUCUGUAGUUGGUGAAGUUUCACAUCAAAAACUAUGAAUCUUACAGAUGUGAGUGGAACUAGAAAGAAAAUAUGUCUUGGUAAUUGAGAAUGAUGCCAGAUUAGUUAUAUUUUUCAGGAUUAAAAAAAAACAAGGUUAAAAAUCCAGUGUGCAACAGCGUAAUUUUUGCACUGGCAGUGUUGAGAUUACAAUCAUGUCAAAAAUUGGUAUUUUUUUAAGACUGUGCCACAUGCAAGGUUAUAUUAACAUGCGGUUGAUAGCACAAAGGGCACAUGAGCUGCCAUUAUGUGUGAUGCAUCAGGACAAAUGAACACAAUGAUGAAUGACAACAAGUUCCUUUGUCCCCUGGAAUAUUCCUUUUUUUAAAAAAACUAAGGUUUGAUAUUUUCUGAGGGACAGAGUUUUAUUAAAAAGAAAUUAUGUUUGUUUUGAAAAGGCUAGUGCCAAAUAAAAUGAUUAACAGAUGUCCUUAUUAACAUUCUUUGCCUCAUUGCCUGUGGCAAAAUAUAAUUUGCCCUGGCGCUAUGAAGUAUAAAGUGGGGCUACAGCCAAAUGUCAUGAAUGUAAGUACAAUGUCUGCAUGCUAGAUCUUAAGUUAUCUCAGAUAUAUGUUGGUAAAGAUAGAAGUUCCACGUUCUAUCAUUAGCAUACUGAAGCAAGACCAGUAACUGAUGCCCAACCUAUCAGUCGGCCCGCCAAAAAACUGGUUCUAACAGCUUUUUUAAAGAAAUGAUUAAAAACUAAGUAUACUUGCAAAAUUCUGGGAAUGAAUACAAGGAUAGACUAUCAAAGCCAAUUGGGCUCCCAAGCAUCAACCUUCAUACUUGGAUACUAGAAUCCAAACCCCAUCAAUUUUUCAUUGAACAUCUUUAAUUAGUCUAACUGAAUAGGACAUAAAAUGCAGCCGGUAAACUUGUUUUGUCAUUAGAAUAUUCCAAUUAUAUGAUUAAUAACUGUGAUCAAUGUUUCCUAAAAUUCAGCAAGAAAGCCACACCACAAAGUUGAAAUUGACAAUAUAUCCAAAUUCAAGACCAAUCUUUUUGUAGUUCCUCCCCCACUUUCACUCAAAGCACUUAAUCUAAAUUUGACAACAUAUUCAUUUGCAAAUAAACUGCUUGAAAAUAUAGAUACAAAGAUGAUUUCUCAUAUUUGGUAUGAAUGUUGUGCUUUGUAAGAAUUAUGCUGUCUUGUCAAAUAUCUAAUAAAAAGCUUUCUUAUUAAUGUUUUACUAAAUGUGCUGUGAGUUUUCUGUAAUAAACUGAGACCUCAGAUAUGCUUUAUUUUGAAA